AUGGGGGGAAGAUUGCUCCUCAUCGCUGAAUAUAAUACAUUGUGCCCUGGAGGAGAAGGCUUCAGACCUAACCCUAUUACCAUUCUUUUAGAAGAUAUUGAUGAGUGCCAGGAAUUACCAGGUCUGUGCCAAGGUGGUAAUUGUAUUAAUACAUUUGGAAGCUUCCAGUGUGAAUGUCCACAAGGCUACUAUCUCAGUGAGGAAACUCGUAUAUGUGAAGAUAUUGAUGAAUGUGUCACUAAUCCCGGAGUUUGUGGACCAGGAAUAUGCUACAAUACUUUGGGGAACUUUACAUGCAUAUGCCCUCCAGAGUACAUGCAAGUCAACGGUGGACACACUUGUAUGGAUAUGAGGAAGAGUUAUUGUUACAGAACUUACAAUGGAACCAUGUGUGAGAAUGAACUGCCUUUUAAUGUCACAAAAAAGAUGUGCUGCUGUACAUAUAAUAUCGGCAAAGCCUGGAGUAAACCUUGUGAACCAUGCCCAACUCCUGGAACAGUCAAUUUCAGAAACCUCUGUGGAGCUAUCCCUGGAUUCACCUUCGACAUACACACUGGUAAAGCUGUAGACAUUGAUGAAUGUACAGAGAUCCCUGGAAUUUGUGCAAAUGGGGUAUGCAUUAAUCAGAUAGGCAGUUUCCGUUGUGAAUGCCCAACAGGAUUUAACUACAAUGAUUUACUUCUAGUUUGCGAAGACAUUGACGAAUGCUCCAGUGGUGAUUAUUUCUGCCAGAGAAAUGCAGAUUGCUUAAACAGUCCUGGGAGUUACCGCUGUGAAUGUUCUGCUGGGUUUAAGCUGCUGCCCAAUGGUGCUUGCAUUGAUCGCAAUGAAUGCCUGGAAAUUCCCAAUGUUUGCAGUCAUGGCAUAUGCGAGGACACGCUGGGCAGUUAUUACUGUGAAUGCAACAAUGGCUUCAAGGCGUCUUCAGAUCGUACAAUGUGCAUGGAUAUCGAUGAAUGUGAGCGUCAGCCAUGUGGAAAUGGAACUUGUAAAAACACAGUGGGAUCAUAUAACUGUCUCUGCUAUCCUGGAUUUGAGCUUACUCAUAAUAAUGACUGCAUGGAUAUUGAUGAAUGCAGUUCCUUUCCUGGUCAGGUAUGCAGAAAUGGCCAUUGUCUUAAUAAUAUUGGCUCCUUCAUCUGUUUGUGUAAUGAAGGUUAUGAACUCACUGUUGAUGGCAAGAACUGUAUUGACAUCAAUGAAUGCAUUGCUUAUCCUGGAUCAUGUGCUCCUGGAACCUGUCAGAACUUGGAAGGCUCAUUCAGAUGCAUUUGCCCUGUGGGGUAUGCAGUCCAGGGUGAUAACUGCAUAGGACAAUAA